AUGACGUGGGAGGUGUAUGGGGCGGUGAUAGAGGUAGCCGUCCUGGGCUCAGACAUACAGAAACACCUGGAGAAACAGGUUCAGAAACUCAGAAAGCAUCCAUCUCCUGCCUUGCCUUCCCCUCCUCCCCUAAACCCAGCCACCAUGCUCCUGCCCUCCACCCCUCCUCCCCUAAACCCAGCCACCAUGCUCCUGCCCUCCACCCCUCCUCCCCUAAACCCAGCCACCAUGCUCCUGCCCUCCACCCCUCCUCCCCUAAACCCAGCCACCAUGCUCCUGCCCUCCACCCCUCCUCCCCUAAACCCAGCCACCAUACUCCUGCCCACCACCCCUCCUCCCCUAAACCCAGCCACCAUGCUCCUGCCCACCACCCCUCCUCCCCUAAACCCAGCCACCAUGCUCCUGUCCACCACCCCUCCUCCCCUAAACCCAGCCACCAUAAUCCUGCCCACCACCCCUCCUCCCCUAAACCCAGCCACCAUGCUCCUGCCCUCCGCCCCUCCUCCCCUAAACCCAGCCACCAUGCUCCUGCCCUCCACACCUCCUCCCCUAAACCCAGCCACCAUGCUCCUGCCCACCACCCCUCCUCCCCUAAAACCAGCCACCAUGCUCCUGCCCUCCACCCCUCCUCCCCUAAACCCAGCCACCAUGCUCCUGCCCUCCACCCCUCCUCCCCUAAACCCAGCCACCAUGCUCCUGCCCUCCACCCCUCCUCCCCUAAACCCAGCCACCAUGCUCCUGCCCUCCACCCCUCCUCCCCUAAAACCAGCCACCAUGCUCCUGCCCUCCACCCCUCCUCCCCUAAACCCAGCCACCAUGCCCCUGCCCACCACCCCUCCUCCCCUAAACCCAGCCACCAUGCUCCUGCCCUCCACCCCUCCUCCCCUAAACCCAGCCACCAUGCUCCUGCCCACCACCCCUCCUCCCCUAAACCCAGCCACCAUGCUCCUGCCCUCCACCCCUCCUCCCCUAAACCCAGCCACCAUGCCCCUGCCCUCCACACCUCCUCCCCUAAACCCAGCCACCAUGCUCCUGCCCACCACCCCUCCUCCCCUAAACCCAGCCACCAUGCUCCUGCCCUCCACCCCUCCUCCCCUAAACCCAGCCACCAUGCUCCUGCCCUCCACCCCUCCUCCCCUAAACCCAGCCACCAUGCUCCUGCCCUCCACCCCUCCUCCCCUAAACCCAGCCACCAUACUCCUGCCCACCACCCCUCCUCCCCUAAACCCAGCCACCAUGCUCCUGCCCACCACCCCUCCUCCCCUAAACCCAGCCACCAUGCUCCUGUCCACCACCCCUCCUCCCCUAAACCCAGCCACCAUGCUCCUGCCCACCACCCCUCCUCCCCUAAACCCAGCCACCAUGCUCCUGCCCUCCGCCCCUCCUCCCCUAAACCCAGCCACCAUGCUCCUGCCCUCCACACCUCCUCCCCUAAACCCAGCCACCAUGCUCCUGCCCACCACCCCUCCUCCCCUAAAACCAGCCACCAUGCUCCUGCCCUCCACCCCUCCUCCCCUAAACCCAGACACCAUGCUCCUGCCCUCCACCCCUCCUCCCCUAAAACCAGCCACCAUGCUCCUGCCCUCCACCCCUCCACCCCUCCUCCCCUAA